UUUUUUCUGUAUACUUCAUUGGUUGCAACAAGCGGUGUGCCCUCUCAUAAUUUUCUUUGCUUUCGAUUCUUUGCCAGGCGGAUACGUGGCCACGACUGUACUUGGGAGUCAUCUCUAGGUCCUCUGACGGCAGCACGCAGGUUAAGCCGGGAUGUGGGGGGUCUGGUCUCAUCAUGUUCCUACGUCUGGUGGCCGCCGUGCCUUGGGCGAUCGGUGGCAGGCCCUGGUCUGCUUCCCCACAUUUUGUCAGGCAAUCGGGAAGGAGGCGUUUUGAUGGGCGUAUGGGCGGCACAUGUUUCUGGGAUUUGGCUCCAUCGGUGUUUGGCCUUUUGCAGCUCGUCUCCAGUCUCUCCAGCUCUCCACGCUCUUCUUGGGGCGCGGCGACGUGUCGCGUGUGCUUAGCGGCGUGGGAGACGGCGGACAGGGCGGCGAAUCAAUGUACGAUGAUGCAGCAGUGCGACAAAUAAAUUCAAAACGAAUAUACUUAUACGCGGGCGCCCUGAACGGUGAAGGCGGGAAGGAGUUUACUCCG